AUCAUUUAGUUACGAAUCUUGUAUACGACACGACAUCAGCUUGGGGCCACGGCGUGAAUUGCUCCAAACAUAAUACCCUAAUCGAACACCAUAAAUACAAACAAAUCGACGAGCGAGAAAGACAGAAAACAUGUUUCAAAAAAGGAUUAUCGAAUUGUUUACACUACUCUUCUAUUGGCUAAUCAUAAUGCCAUUUAUAUAUAAUUAUUGUCAAGAAGAAAAAUGGAUUAAAUGGGAUAUGAACACAUUGUUUACAUCAGUUUCGGAUCAUGCUACAUUUGUGUUAUUCCUAAUUGCGGGCUAUGUGGUAUUCUAUCGUAUUGUCAUAUUCAUAUAUAUGAAAAUGAAAGUGUUUGACGGCAAAAUGUGGAAUAAUAUGAAAAAUGCCAAAAAUCCCAAGGAUCCUGAGGCAAUGUAUGCCGAUAAAACGCAUUACAAGGCUGUUUCAGUUGAGGAAUUGGAUACAGUGGAUGGUAGGACAAAAAAGAAGAUGGCCCAACCAAAGAUGAUCCGGACCAUCAGUCAUCCGUUAUUGGUCGAAAAGGAUUUGGCUGCCAUACACAUAAAGCAUGAGACUCGUCCCCUGCAUAGUGCCACAUUACCGAGAUUGCAGCAACUGAAAGCAAGUCCCAGUCCAAGUUUAAGGAGUGCCCCACCUGUACCCAAGACGCCAGGAGUGGCACGUAAACUUAGUCCCGGUGUCAUAAUGUCUCCCGAUGUCCUUUUGCACACCAAAUAGAGAAUAUCGCCAGCAUUGCGAGUAUCAAGUAUUAUAUAUAAGCUACAAUCCAAAGAACUGAAACAAAUUCGAAAUCGGUUUCCAAGUAUAUUCAAAAAAUAUUUUGGGAAAUGUAUUAGAUCGUAAACACAAAUUCAUAGUCAAAUAAUUCUUACAUGGUUCUUUCUGUAACAGCAAGAAACCAUUUAGUGAGCUAGCUAAUUGUGAUUAAGUUCAUACUAGAAAAUGUUAUCUAUAUGUAACUAUUUAUUACAUCUUAUUAUCUCAAGUAUGUUAUUAAUACUUUGUAUUUAUAAAAAUAAAAAACUCUGAAAAAAUUAAAAAAAAAAAUAUUGUGUAGCUGAUUUAAUUUGAUUUGAUUUGAUUUGAUUUUGAAAUUCUUCACAAUUUCAAAAAACUAUGAAAUAAAGGUAAAUAAUUUUCAAGAAAGUACUUUCGCUUUGAUUUCAAAAUCGUGAUCUAAGAGAAAAAUUGUUUGUCGUAGGCGUCAGCACGACUAAAAAAGGCGAAACAG